CAUCAUCAUCUUCAUCAAUCAUUAUUAUUCAUUCCAAUUUUUCAUCACUCUCUCCAAAUCCCUAAUUCCCAAAAAAUGCACCAAACCCACUGAAACAGUAAAAUCAAACCCUUUCCAUGUCUCCUUUUCACCCUCUUCUCGCGAUUUUGAUCGUAACAUCGCUGUUAUCGAGUUUCGGUGAUUCUUUUAAAGUUCCGUUUAGAGUAAACGAUGUGUUACCGGUUUUACCGAAAGAAAUAUCAUGGCCUGUGUUGAAUAAUUUUCAUAGUGCUGUUGAUUUGCUUCCUUCUUUCGUUGGAUCUGUUACUCCGUAUAAUAAUGGUUCUAUUCAAUGGAAAGGUGCUUGUUUUUUUGAUAAUCAAGCUAAACUUGAGUUUACCAAUCAUGGUGAUGACUCUGAUUUGGGUGGUGCCGUUCUCUAUCUCAAGACAGGGGAAGCACACAGCUGGACCUGCAUGGAUCUGUAUGUGUUUGCAACGCCAUACCGGAUUACAUGGGACUACUACUUCUCUGCGCGAGAACAUACCUUGAAGCUUGAUUCAUGGGAAGAGCCUGCAGAGCUGGAAUAUGUAAAGCAGCAUGGGGUUUCUGUGUUUCUGAUGCCAGCUGGAAUGCUGGGUACACUGCUCUCUCUAGUCGAUGUGUUGCCUCUAUUCUCUAACACUGCAUGGGGUCAGAGUUCCAAUUUGCAGUUUCUAAAGAAACACAUGGGAGCUACAUUUGAGAAACGCAUUCAGCCUUGGCGUGCAACUAUUGAUCCUGCAGAUGUUCAUUCUGGAGAUUUUUUGGCUGUGUCGAAAAUUCGCGGUAGGUGGGGAGGUUUUGAGACACUUGAAAAGUGGGUAACUGGUGCAUUUGCUGGCCAUACAGCAGUCUGCUUGAAGGAUGAAAUGGGAAAUUUGUGGGUUGGUGAAUCUGGGCAUGAGAAUGAAAAGGGUGAAGAAAUAAUUGUGGUAAUUCCAUGGCAUGAAUGGUGGGAAGCUGCUCUUAAAGAUGGUUCCAACCCACAGAUAGCGUUGCUUCCUCUACAUCCAGAGAUGCGUGCAAAAUUCAACUCCACUGCAGCAUGGGAGUAUGCGCGGAGCAUGUCAGGCAAGCCAUAUGGUUAUCACAAUAUGAUAUUCAGUUGGAUUGACACAGUAGCUGACAACUAUCCUCCACCUCUUGAUGCUCACUUGGUAAUUUCUGUCAUGUCUAUGUGGACAAGGAUGCAGCCAGCAUAUGCUGCAAACAUGUGGAAUGAAGCGUUGAAUAAGCGGUUAGGGACCGAGGAUUUAGACUUGCACGACAUUAUACUUGAGACUGAGAAGCGUGGGAUAGCUUUUGAUGAAUUACUUGCCAUUCCAGAGCAAGAUGAUUGGGUCUACAGUGAUGGAAAGUCAACAACAUGUGUGGCAUUUAUUCUUUCAAUGUAUAAAGAGGCUGGAAUUUUCGGUCCCAUUUCUAGCUCCAUUCAAGUAACUGAAUUCACAAUUCGUGAUGCAUACAUGCUUAGGAUUUUUGAAGAUAAUCAAACACGUCUACCAAGAUGGUGCAACAAUGAGAAUGACAAGCUUCCGUUCUGCCAAAUUCUUGGUGAAUAUAGGAUGGAAUUCCCGGGCUAUAACACCUUGGUUCCUUAUGCCAAUAUGAAUGAGCACUGUCCUUCCCUUCCUCCAACUUACGAUAGGCCUUCACAAUGUUAGGUUCAUCAUUUCAAAAUUAUUCCUAUAUAUGAGAAGUGUUUGCAACAUAUUUUCUUUCAAACACUCUCCUUGCGACAUUCCCUCUAUUGUUGGUUGAAAUUCGUAUUAGAAUCCACAUAUAUUUUAAGGUGGUUAGACUCACUUGAAUUUCAACUGAUAAUGAAGAGAGUAUCGGAAAGAGUGUUAGAGAAUGGGGAGUGGAUUCUUCUCAUAUCAAAUUUCCAGGUAGCAAAACUUUAAAAUACAAAAAUGGGGAUGAGGGGGGUUAACUUGUGGGGAUUAAAACUGAAGAGAGAUGAUGUGAAAAUCUUAUGGAAGGAAAUCCAUUCUCCAGAAAAUGUGUUGCUAGCACUCUUAUUUAUGUGUUUAUUGAUUUGCCUAUUAAUUUGUAACCAAGUCAUCUAGAGUUUGCUAUUGUGGAAUUGUCUAUAAACUGUAUCACGUAAUUUCUCCACGUUUUCCUUUAUAAGUGGACAUGGAAAGCUGUAUAUAAAAAUUUAUAUUGGUGGGUUUGGUGUGAUGUUGUAAAUUUCAAUAGUCAAUUGCAGCAGGAUAGUUACCUAUGUUCUGCAAUGUACCCCAUUAAGUUCUAUUAUUGCAAUUUGUCUAGAAUUAUGUCGGUGGAAAUCAUUAUAAA